AUGGAGGUUAGGACUGUAUUUCAGCCAUUUGACUACAUAGGAGAUCGAUACCGUGAAUCACCCUUGGUGCCAGUGUGGUUGCCAGGAAAACAAAAUUGCUGUCCCUUAGGUUUUCAGGCCCCUCCAGGCCCCUCCAGGCCCCUCCAGAGCCGGCUAAGGCGUCUGCAGUUCCGGGACCGGCGGGCAGGUGGCGACCCUGUCCACGCCGCCCGGAGUGGAGCAGGGCCACGCCCUCAGCGGAGGCUGCUGGGUUCUGGAGUCGCGCAGAGAGCCCCGUGGUCUCUGGUCCCCUGCGCCCCCGGGCGGCUUGGCUCGGGGCGGGGGCAGCGACGUGAGCCUGAGCGCGGCCCGGUGCCCUCGACAGUCAGGUCUCCGCUUUCACGUUCGCAUCCUGCUCCGUGGAAGACAGCAGAGUAUGAUGGUAAAGACCAGAGGGACUGUCCAUGCAGACCACAAAGGAGACGCAAGGACUACAGGGAGAGAAAACAGCAGGCUUUGGGAGACACCUCGGAUCCCUGUGCCCCGGGGCCUCCAGGAAGCUGCUGGAGUAACUCCAGAGGCCCAGGGAGUGGUGACCCCGUUUGGCUCCCCGGUUGUUACCGUGUCCAACCGCUGGGAGCGGGCCAGGAAUUCAGGAAACUAAAGCAGCCGCAGAAGCCUCCGCAGCCGCCUCCCCCGAACAUCAACAAGCUUAGCAAUAAAAUGCGGUAAGACGCCUCCCGCUCAGCCCCGCAGCCCAGGAGUAGAGGGCUGCUUGCGGGGCUCCCUUGGGCCUCGGGUCGCAGGCUGUUUCCCAGCAUCUCGGGGCCCGAAAGUGACUCCCCAGCUCUGGGCGAGGGAA